GUGAAAAAAGAUCUAGCUAGGGUUGGACGUAGGCAAGAUACAAACUUAUAUAAUUCCAUACAGACGUUUUGUUGAGUGGACUGUUUGUAUUCCCAAUUAGUUCAGCAAUCCUCUGAAUCCUCUCAAGCUUUGUGGGGAUGGCAGAACCAAGCGGUAGAUAUCAUCAAUUGCCCAAUGAGGAUGAACCAGAUGAGGGACCUCAGGCAACUAAUGAUGCUCCGCCCCCUUACAGCAGUGUUGCAGCAGAAAAUGCAGCGUACUUUGAUUAUAAAGAAGACGGCGCGUUCCCCAAGCCUCCCUCUUAUAACGUAGCCACAUCGCUUCCGUCGUACGACGAGGCUGAGCGAAACAAAGCGGAAGCCUCAGUCCCUCUGGUGGCAGCGCGAGAUGAGGACUUUGUGGCCAGGGAUGACUUUGAGGACGCCGACCAGUUGCGAAUAGGCAACGAUGGCAUUUUCAUGUUGACGUUCUUCAUGGCCUUCCUCUUCAAUUGGAUCGGCUUCUUCCUGUCGUUCUGCCUCACCACCUCGGCAGCCGGACGCUACGGAGCCAUCUCCGGUUUCGGUCUAUCGCUCAUCAAGUGGAUUUUGAUCGUCCGGUUUUCUACAUACUUCCCUGGUUACUUUGAUGGCCAGUACUGGCUGUGGUGGGUGUUCCUGGCUCUCGGUUUCCUGCUGUUUCUCAGGGGCUUCAUUAACUACGCCAAGAUCCGCAAAAUGGCCGACUCCUUCUCCACUCUCCCGCGGACCAGAGUUCUCUUCAUCUAUUAAAGGCUUAUGUUCUGGAGCCUCUGUAGCUACUUGUUUGGAUACUGAUACGGAAUUCAUGGCCAGCUCAAAGCCACAGACUCAGCGGAGAACGCAUAUUUAAAGGAAAACAAACCCCCUUCCGUCUGUAACCUACACAUCUCAAAGGGUGGCCGUGUUUCUUUCAGGAUGACGGAAGGGAAGUGAUGACCCCACCCUGUCCCCCGCUUUAAAUAGCACCACUCUACAGGCAAGCGGCGAGAUACUCUUUCUAUGUUCCUUAGAUGUAAACUUGUGGAUGCCGAUAACUCUGUGUGCAAAAAUCAUUAGUGGUUUAAUGUUAAGUGCUGUUCAAUCAAGUCCCAUCAUGUAAAAUGAAUGCCUUAUGCUAUCUUUCUAGUAAUGGCAUGCACUGUGCCCUGUUAUCCAAUAGGGGGCAGUCUUGGAUUUUUUUCUCUCUCCCCCUACCCCCUAGUUUUUUUUUUUGUUGUUGUUUUUUUUUUUUUUUUACUUUGACGUUUGACAUGGAAACAGCCAGUCGCUGUUGGUCACCAUUCACCAGGAGCCUUUCCUUUUGUGAAUGGCGACAUUAGUUGAAUUGAAUUUAAAGCAGUGCUUUUCUUCUCUCUCUCUCUCUCUCUCUCUCUCUCUCUCUCUCUCUCUCUCUCUCUCUCUCUCUCUCUCUCUCUCUCUCUCUCUCUCUCUCUCUCUCUCUCUCUCUCUACAACACGAAAUUAAAGUCGCUUUUUAAGUUGUUACAUUUGAUGUGGUAUGCUUUUAUUGUUCUAUUUAUUUUAAACACAAAAAACCCUAUACACAAUCAAGUAAACGUUGGAGUACGUUAUGGAAUGCUUUUACAUGUACUCUACAGGCAUGAUACCCCAUGUAAAAUGAACAUGGAUCUUAAUACUGUAAGCUGUAAAUAAAUGUUCUUUAUUUAAGUUGUAGUGAAAGAAAUGCCUUAGAGCACAUUUCGAAUAAUUGCCAUGUUUUGUUGAACUGAUAUGACUUUCUUUUGAUGCUUCUUUAACUAAGGGACGUGCGUUGUAGUCUGCGUUUGGUUCGGUUAGGAUGACGUGCGGGUGUUCAGGUCACCUGCUUUUUUUUUCUUUUUUCUUUUUUUUUUUUCUUUUUUUUUUUUUCUUUUUUUCUUUUUCCCCUGCAGGUCCUAAUGGCAAAACCAGAAUUACCCCAGCAACCACCUUCCACACCAUUUCUUAUAAGAAGCACCGGCAACUGAGUCCUCUGAUUAGGGGUGAUGCGUCCCAUCAGGGCAUAUUUCCCACCAGACUAGAGGUCUGUUUGAUCUGAAGUUUACUUGUGUGCAUUUACAAAUUUUAAAAGUUAUGUAAAAAAAUUAUUAUUUUUCUCCUCUGUGACUUCUCUGGUCACUGAGGGACUCGUCCAUGGAGAGCAGGAAAUGGUUCUUUCUGUAAUGUUUGUUUUUCCUGACCAGCUUUGUGGAUGGCUUUUGAAUGCUGAUGGAUGUACACGCCUGUAAAUAAGACAUUGCUAUUAAAGUACCUGGUGUUGCAACGUU